GAGAAACUAUACCUGGACCUCUUUCCAUACAGCAGGGUGGGGCAGCAUUCUGUGCCUGCAGGCCAACCUUUCUGUGCAGGAACAGCUCAAGAGGCAGGCUGGCUGCUAGUAGUGAUGACACAGAAAAUUCUAGUGCCAAAGAAGCCAGCUUUAAGUGAUAUUCUGAGAGUGUAAACUCUAAAUUGGGACUGCAGGGGCGUGGAGGAGAGAUGGAACCAGUUAUUAGCAAAAAGAUGAAGAGAGAGAGAGAGCCGCCCAGAGCAGAGGAGGGGACUGGGAGGGGCUGAGGCGGGAAGCUGAGAGGCCCCAGUGCAGGAAAGACCGUUAAGCUGCAGAUGUUUGGCAGCUGCAGGCAAAGGAAGUGCCUGAGAAAGAGAGAGUUAGACUCCGCUGGGCUGCAGAAGGGAUUGGAGGCCUGACUUGCGCUCUCCAUAGACAGUAUGCCUCUUCCACCACCUCCUUCUUCACCUCCACCACCUUAUCCACACUCCAGAGAGCCUUUGAGCAUGAACUGGCCCUUCCUGCGAAGUCUGUUGGGAAUUUUGCGCGUAUUGCAGCUGGUGGCUGGUGCUGUUUGCUGGAUUACUUUAGCAGCACACAAGUAUGAAGGGGCAACCUACUUUGCAGUCUUUGCUGCAGUCCUCGUGUGGCUGCUCACCUUAGCAAUCUUUGGCCUCAGCUUACUGGGUCGCUGGGCUCUGGUGCCAGGGCUGGGGAGCCGCUGGCUUAUCACAAAUAUUGUGCAUGAUCUGCUGUUUGGGGUCAUUCUCUUCUCUGCUGCUGCGGGCAUCAUGGUCCAUAAGGCACAGGAUGUCAGCUACUGCAACGUGAGUGCCUACAAGUUUACCUGCAAUUACAGUGCCUACCUGAGUGCUGCCAUCUUUGCAGGCAUCACUGCCGUCUUUUACCUGCUUUCAGGACUCUACUGUCUGGUACGCCGUUCCCGGGGGCACCAUGACAUCAUCUGAGAGAUGCAAGAAGAUCAGUACACAGGGAUAGACACACCCUUCUGCAAACUGAUGGACAAGCCUCACACACAUAUCAUCCCACAGUCAAAUUGCUCCUUGCUUCAGACACACCAACUUGCCUUCCUAAUGGAGAGUCAAGACACCAAUAGACUUUUUCUGUAGAGAAUCUGACCCCCUCACCAGCAGAUGGAUGUGGGCUUUUGCGA